CGCAAUGCAUGCGCGGUUUUGGGACGUUAAACCGCUCAUAAGAUCUGCGCUGCUGCCUGCACCGAGAAUUUUCCUAAACAAGGCAGGCCAAACUUUGCUCUGUACAGCGCUUGCACGUACUAAGAUUUUGUAAUGGGAUCUAAAGUGAAUGCCCUAGCUAAUUUAUGACUUGCCAUAUUGUACACAAUCGCCUGAGUUCAUACUCUGUUUAAUUCAUUUCUGAGGACUACAUUAAUGACGUUGACUUUGGCUCCAGUGAUUUUUUUAAUUGCCACAGAUAAAAUCGUUGAGGAUGUUGUUACUGUAUCUGCACUGCAGCUAAUAGUUUGCUCAACUACAAUAACAUGACGCUUGAAAAAAAAAAAGGAUGACCAAUGAAGCCAUGCAAUUGGUUCUUAUUGUAUGGCUCAAAGCUGCAUUACUUUUCUACCUCAAAGCAGAAACCAGUCCUUAUCGUUAAGUGCUGUGUACUUGUUUGUUGUUUUUACCAUUAUGAAGUGUGCUAAUUAGCACAUGAAAGCAUGAGUAUCCACAACAGCUGCACCGGUAGUCACCGUAGUCGUCCACAAAGAAAGUCACAAAAUUCCACAAAAAAAAGCAGGGUAUCAGGCAGAGAGGUGUACAAAAUAUUCCCAAUUUUUUAUACAUGUUUACCAGACAUAUUUAAAUGCUUGGGCUAGGGAUAAAAGUAAUGGAGAAUGAUUUAGUAAUCUAUGAUAUUGCCAAUUACAUUGCCUUGCUAAGUAAUGCAGAAGAUGAAUUGCAAAGCACGAUUGACGACACAGGCAAAGCAGAAUGAUCGGUAUAAAUAUACAGAAAAUUGGUGUUCCGCAGCCCCAGCAGGAAAUGAGUUUACGGUGGCUAGCGAAAGCAUUGGAAGUGACAAGGGUGAUUUAAUUAGGGCAGGAUGUGUCUGCAGGUCCAAAUCAUGACAGCAAAAUUGAAGACUACGAGUGGGCUGGAGUGCAUAUGGCAGGUGCUAUCCGAUCAUGAAUGGCACUAGAGGAAAUUAUGUAACAGGUGUACCUUACCGGUACUCACCUAUGGGGCAGAAACAUUGAGGCUAACGGAGCGUUGUUGCACCCAAACUGAGAACAAUGCUCUGAGCUAUGGAAAGGAAAAUGAUACAUGCAGCCUUAAGAGACAGGAUGAGAGCAGAGUGAUCAAGAACUAAUGCAAGUUAAUGACAUCCUAGUUAAUCAAAAAUCAAGACUAAGAAAUGGGUGUGGGUAGGGCAUGUAAUGCGAAGGUAAGAAACUGUUCGUCAUUACGAGUAUCGCCCUGGAUUUCAAGAUAAGCAAUGCAUGCAUGGCAGGGGGCAGCAGAAAGUCAGGUGGGCAGAUGACACUGAGAAGCUUAUGGGUACGAGUUUGCCAUAGCUGGCACAGUACAGUGUUAAGUGGAGAGAAGUUGGAAAGGUCUGUGCCCUGCAGGAAGUGUAGUUUGGCUGGGCAAGAUAAUGAUGAUGAUCGAACAAGUGUGGCAAAAAUAUAUAUUUAUUACCAUUGCACUUUACAGGGAUAUGAAGACAGGUUGAAAGAAAAAAAGAAAGGAGCAGCCAUGGUCAGAACUGUCAGUGUAUAACAGUAACUGCAGUUAAACAUGUGAAUCUGCAUGACUUCAUUACACUAUGGUAGUACGCAAACAUACAAUACUUCGUCUCCUGAGGAAGGACCUGAGUAGGCACAGCUUAACACACAGCAUACUUAAUGCCGACUUGACAGUCUAGAAUCCGCAGAAUUUUUAUCCUUACACUGUACUAUGAAAAGCAAUUUUUUUUUUACUGCAAGGUCCUCAUAUCAUGCUGAUUACUUUCAGGUUACACAGACAAAGGGCAGUUCUGUUGCCUGUGUACCACAGACAAAGGCGUGCUUCGAGGCAGCCAGAAUGGUACAAACACCUAGUACCAGCAUUAGUGCUGAAGCAGGAUUGCCACCAACACACCAUGACAAGACAACACAGACCAUGGCUGCUGCUGACUCCAAUAUCACCGCAAGACCUCAAGUACAGUGUACAAGCAGUGUUCAAAAACACAAGUCAACACAGUGGGAGAAUGUGAACUAUGAGGACCACUGUUAUGCGCAACUUCCCAAGAUUGCGCUACACAAAACUUCAUUUGUGGAGAAGCUUUCUGCUGAUGACAUUUUGUUUUAUACGGGCAUCUCGCAAACAGCUUUCAACAACCUUGUGAAAGCAGUGUCGACAUUGGCCAAAAAGGCAAGCAUAUUGUCACGUGCUGACCAGCUAAUGAUGUGCCUUAUGAGGCUUCGUCUUGGUCUUCUGUACGGACAUUUAGGGAGAAUUUUCCAGAUGUCAGUUUCUGCUGUGGGGAACAACAUUCGCUACAUGUUUCAAGUGCUGUGCAAAGUAAUGAAGUGGGUUGUCAAUUGGUUGCCAAGAGAAGACAUCAAGGACAGCAUGCCAGCGUCCUUCACGGAGAGUGGAUAUGGUUCCACAACGUGCAUUCUUGAUUGCACUGAAGUUAUGUUGCAGCGCCCAAAGAAGCUAAUGGCCAGGGCACAGACGUUUAGUAGCUAUAAAGCACACAACACUAUAAAGUUCCUCGUGGCUAUUGCCCCUAACGGGCACAUCAUGUUCGUAUCUAAGGCAUAUGGUGGACGUGCUUCGGACAAGCUCAUCACAAGGGAGAGUGGCAUUGGAGAUUACUUCAUGAGAGGUGAUGAAGUAAUGGCGGACCGAGGUUUCUCCCUUGACGACGAGCUACUUGUGCAAGGUGUCCGGCUAAACACGCCAGCCUUCACGAAAGGAAAAAAGCAGUUGACUGAAAAGGAGGUCACCACCACAAGGCGCAUUGCAUCUGUCCGCAUUCAUGUGGAACGUGCAAUUAACCGGAUCAAGACCUACAGAAUCUUCAAACAGGCACUCCCAAUCAAAUCAAAACAAACAAUUAGCGAUAUGGUUUUUAUUUGUGCAGGGUUAUGCAACCUUAAACCUGCUCUCAUUCAACAGGGUGUCAGUAACCAGAAAACAUAAAAUAGACAAGGAAAUCAAGGAAUUGUGAACGCAGUGGCACCGCCUAUGAGCAGCGCCAUACUGGCUUGGGUGAAAGCGGUCUUUCGCAUGGCAGGUAUACGCUCGGCGGCAGGUUCUGGCGUUUGUUUUCGCGGUCAUGCGGUCUGUUUAGUAUAACGUGCGUUUUCUACGUGGUAAAUGGUUCUGUGAGACGUGCUGAAGUGGUUUAAUGCGUCAUGGCCGGAGUUUAUGCUGGCGUUGAGGUGAGCGGAACACGCAGCGCCAUGUGUGCGCCCAUAUUUGAGCCUACAAUCAGCCUCGGAGAUCAAUUGUGUAUUUCUGAAUGUUCCAGUCACUAACGUGACCUUAUUGUAGUAUUAUCCUCUAUUUCUAUGCUGCACUUUAGGAGCCAUGAAACAUACGCGACGAUCGUAACGGCGUGAGCGUGGACACCGUUCUACUACGAUAGGAGCUGUGAUGUUAUACUUUGACAAGCGUUCAAACUGUUCGCUGCAGGUUACAUUGCGUGAUUACUUGGUUCGAUGAAUGAGGUUUCCGCCCUGAAUAAAAUAGUUUUGGCAAGUGAUAGCAACAUACCUUACAGUCCGCAUUACGCUUGUCCAGCAAAGGGACUGUUUACGAACUGCACGAGCGUCUCAAGCAGUGGUAGGUGCUGGAUUACAUAUAUCUUUUUUCUAUAUACCGAAUGGUCCAAGCAUAUCGCAUCAGCGGUUAUAUAUAAACGUUGUGCGGCGUGACUAUGCGAGGCCCUAUUGCGGCGUUAGCCCGUUUUCUCUUGCUUUUUCGAGAAAGAGGAUGAUAACCGAGUUUUUUUUUCGGUUGUGUUCAUUCCUUUCUCAACGAUGCACUCACACGCAUUACGGAAAUUUUGUCCUCAAAAAUAGGCAUCGCAUUCUUUUUAUGCGAUCCCUCAUAUAUUAUGGCUGUAUGCAGGCCAAAAAGGCAAUGUCGAAGCGCACAGCUUACAUAUGUACUGUGCUGGUUCACCAACCGCAGUGAUCGCUGUCUUGAGCAGCGCCAUCGGCCUCAUGCAGGAAGGCUAGCGUAGACAUAUGGUAAUUUGAAGCGUACUAGACUUGAAAUGCGCGAGAACGAUGCCGGUGCAUCACAAAUAUUUGAUUGCGCCCGCCGCUUAGAUGUUUCGUGGUUGCCUUAGGUUGGCCGUGCACGAGCAUGCGCUCUUAUAAGCUUUAUGUUUUACUCCCUACUCCAAGCGAUCAGAUAUUGAACAGAUUUACCAUUUCAUGCGGCUAAUACAGAGACACCGGUUCUCUUUGUCGAAUUUAAACCGAUAUAUGCAAAAUAGUUCACAACACAUACACACUCCGCGACUGAUAAUGUGCGUACACCGCAGCUGAUAAAACGCGUCAGAUUUUUGUGCCCCGAAAAGAUAUUUCAGCCUACUGUAGUUACCGAUGCGCGGAAAAUCUCCUCUGACGAGCUCAUAUGAACGGACAUGGCGUAAAUUUCACAAAGUAAGAUCUAAAACAUCUCGAAAUCGUUCCGCAGCACGCGACAGCAAUACUUUCAAGCAGCGCCGCGCCGGAUCACCCAAGCCAGAGAGGAGGAAAGGCCCUCCGCGCGCCCUAUCCUCCUCGCCCGAUGAAAUGGCCUAUAGAAUACCAAUAAAAAGCAUAACUUUCUGUACAUGACUUCCUGCUGGAUCAACUGAAGUAUAGGGUCUGUUAUCGUUGGUUGCAAUGGUUUUUUUUGCCCUUCACUUGCAAAGAAAUUUCCA